UGAAUGAGAGACGCCGACUGCUCGCCUCAGCGGCGGCGGCGCGGGAGGCCGGCGUCGUCUUCCCGUCCUCCGGGGCGACGGCCGCGGCGGCACAGACGUGAUGCAUCUGUGGCCUUGGACAUGAAGCAGUCCACCGUGUGUUGCUGUUGCCACAGGGCCAGGGACUGACGAGGGAAGCAUGGCCCUCAUGAAUGGGCAGGCAAGCAGCGUCAGCCUUGCAGCCACGGCUUCCGAGAAAAGUAGCAGCUCUGAGUCAUUAAGUGACAAAGGUUCCGAACUGAAGAAAAGCUUUGAUGCUGUGGUAUUUGAUGUUCUUAAGGUUACACCAGAAGAAUAUGCGGGUCAGAUAACACUAAUGGAUGUUCCAGUAUUUAAAGCUAUUCAACCAGAUGAGCUUUCAAGUUGUGGAUGGAAUAAAAAAGAAAAAUACAGUUCUGCACCAAAUGCUGUUGCUUUCACAAGAAGAUUUAAUCAUGUAAGCUUUUGGGUUGUUAGAGAGAUUCUUCAUGCUCAGACAUUAAAGAUUAGAGCAGAAGUUUUGAGUCACUAUAUUAAAACUGCAAAGAAACUGUAUGAGCUGAAUAACCUUCACGCACUUAUGGCAGUGGUUUCUGGCUUACAGAGCGCCCCAAUUUUCAGGUUGACUAAGACAUGGGCGUUACUAAGUCGAAAAGACAAAACUACCUUUGAAAAAUUAGAGUAUGUAAUGAGUAAAGAGGAUAACUACAAAAGACUCCGAGACUAUAUAAGUAGCUUGAAGAUGACGCCUUGCAUCCCCUAUUUAGGCAUCUAUCUGUCAGAUUUAACAUACAUUGAUUCAGCGUACCCAUCAACUGGCAGCAUCCUAGAAAAUGAGCAAAGAUCAAAUUUAAUGAAUAACAUUCUUCGGAUCAUUUCUGAUUUACAGCAGUCCUGUGAAUAUGAUAUUCCCUUGUUGCCUCAUGUUCAAAAAUAUCUGAACUCUGUUCAAUAUAUAGAAGAACUGCAAAAGUUUGUGGAAGAUGAUAAUUACAAGCUUUCAUUAAAGAUAGAACCAGGGACAAGCACACCACGUUCUGCUGCCUCCAGGGAAGAUUUAGUAGGUCCUGAAGUGGGGGCAUCGCCACAGAGUGGGAGGAAGAGUGUGGCCGCUGAAGGAGCCUUGCUACCACAGACACCCCCGUCCCCACGGAAUCUGAUUCCACAUGGACAUAGGAAGUGCCAUAGCUUGGGUUAUAAUUUCAUUCAUAAAAUGAACACAGCAGAGUUUAAGAGUGCAACAUUCCCAAAUGCAGGGCCAAGACAUCUGUUAGACGAUAGCGUCAUGGAGCCCCAUGCACCGUCUCGAGGCCAGGCUGAGAGUUCUACUCUUUCUAGUGGAAUAUCAAUAGGUAGCAGUGAUGGUUCUGAACUAAGUGAAGAGACCUCAUGGCCUGCUUUUGAAAGGAACAGAUUAUACCAUUCUCUCGGCCCGGUGACAAGAGUGGCACGAAAUGGCUAUCGAAGCCACGUGAAGGCCAGCAGUUCUGCAGAGUCAGAAGACUUGGCAGUGCAUUUGUAUCCAGGAGCGGUUACUAUCCAAGGUGUUCUCAGGAGAAAAACUUUGUUAAAAGAAGGCAAAAAACCUACAGUAGCAGCUUGGACAAAAUACUGGGCAGCUUUGUGUGGGACACAACUUUUUUACUAUGCUGCCAAAUCUCUAAAGGCUACAGAAAGAAAACAUUUCAAGUCUACGUCAAAUAAGAAUGUAUCUGUGGUCGGCUGGAUGGUGAUGAUGGCUGACGACCCGGAGCACCCGGACCUCUUCUUGCUCACGGACUCUGAGAAAGGAAAUUCAUACAAGUUUCAAGCUGGCAAUAGGAUGAAUGCGAUGCUGUGGUUUAAGCAUCUGAGUGCAGCCUGCCAAAGUAACAAACAACAGGUUCCUACAAACUUGAUGACUUUUGAGUAGAAGCCUGAGAAAGGAGAGAGGUGCCCUGUGCUCCUCUGUGAGAGCUGGGACCUGAUGAGUGAGCGCCAGCUGUAUACCAUCCUGUGCCAGGGAGAGCUCAGGGCUCAGCCCAGCCUGUGGAGUCCUGAACCAAAAAAGCACUAAUUUCAGGGAAUGAAGUGAGAUAUUCCCAGAGAACAAACUGGAGUUACAGAACAAACUGCCAUGAACCAUGCUUCUUAUCUGAACUGACCUGUGGAAACCACUGCCUUAAAGAAUGAAAGGAAAACCAACAUGCAACACCAAAUAGUGUGUGUGGAUCUCUGGCGGUGCUGUGCUUGGAGUAGAUCGUAGCGAAUUUGCAUUUCUUUUAACUUUGUACUAAUUUUGGACGGGGGGAUCACCUUUUUUUAGAUACACUUAAAACGGAAACCUAUUUCUUAUGGAUCACAUCAGGAGCUGGUUUUGAACUAUGGUGAAAAGAGAAUUCAGUAGGGGUGACACCAGCAGCCGCCUCCGGCGAUCGGCAGCCUCACCUGUUCUCUCCCAAGAGAACGUAGGAGUUAGACACGCUCAUAAUGUGAGUCGUCGGGG